UCCGUCUCUUCCACUAGAAGACGAGUCACGACGCAUCUACCUCCCCAAAGCGAGGGGCUCUCUGGCAACCGUCCCAUGCUCUUCCUCCUCAACCCGCACCCAGACACUGAGAGGCCAGGCUCGGCCUGGGGGGUAAGGUCGGGACCCCUGGUCGACCGCCCUGGCCUGCGGCCCUUCUCUCAGCUCUUUAGGGCCCAAUCACUGGUUUCCAGGGUUGAUCUGUCACAGCUCUGUAGAUCCCACCCCACGUGACAUUGCCCAGAGGCGGGGAGCGUGGGGUCCCUCCUGGCUCGGUUCGGUUGCAGAUCCUUUCCACCUAGAUGCUCCCCCCAAGUUCCUAACACCCCCCUACUCCCCAGGAUUGCUCUUUUCCGACCCACCGGCAAGCCGUGGCUGGCCCGGUUCUGCGUGACUUGCGGUCUCUGUCAAGCCCUCCAUCCCUCCGGGGUGAGGCUCGCCCACGGCAGCGACAAGCCCCCAGUUCAGAGGGGCAGCACCGGCUGGGCACUGUUCUCCCCACCGGCCCGGGACCUCCGGGAACGGCUUCUUUCGCUCGUGCACCCCAACUCCGCGAGCGGUGCGCCCGGGGAUUCCCCGGCCUUAGGCGGCCACGGCCGGGGCAGACUUGGUCCCGAGUCUGGGCUCCCGAAGGUGACGAAACGGGCUCCGAGCUUCGUCAGCGGCGAGAGAAAAAUGCCCCCACUCGGGCCCCGGGGCCUGGAGCCCUCGGCGGGGGCGAGUCCCAGGGGCUGGUGGUUUUCCAAGUUGGAAGCGGGCUCGGCCCUCAGCGUGCCCUGACCCCACCUCCGCCCCUGUCCCCAGGGGGCCGGUAGAGGGCGGGGCGGGGCCGCUCGUCGCCCCGGACGCUGGCUUUCGCCUUCUGUAGUUACUGCUUCGGAUUCUCCCGCGCGCGCCCUUCUCGUCUCCGGGCAAAGCCGCUGGGUGACGGUCCCCGCGGUCCGGCGAGGCCCGGGCUCGCUCUGAACUCUUGCCAGGGACGCGCCCCGCCCGCCCGCGCCGCGGAGCCUCUGCCCCGCCCGCAGCCGCCCGCGCCGCGCUCGGAAACCCCCGCGGCUCCUCCCACCCCCAGGGGCUUUUCUCCAGUCUCCAGUGACUUCUCCGGAGCGCAGCCGCCUGGCGCUUGUUUCCGCCGGGCUGGAGCGCUCGGGCCACUGCUUUUCUGAGGACGCACGGGGCGAGGAACGGUGACCUCGGUACGCGUCCCGCGUCCGCGUUUUCCGGCCCGCGCGGGGACCCCCGGCCCGCGCCCCGGCCGCCAGCAUGGUGCUGCUGGCCGGGCCCGGGCCGGAGGGCGGCGGGGCGCGCUGCUUGUCCCCGCAGCCGCCGACCGCACCCCGGGGCACGGAGACCGGGGACGACCCAGCGGACUACGAGGAAUACGAGGACUUCUCGAGUCUGGCCGACACCCGCAGCAUUGCUUCGGACGAUUCCUUCUACCCUCCCGAAGGCGAGGACGAGUGCAGCGAGGUGAGCUCGGACAGCGUCUCGGAGGGCUUCCCGGAGGCAGCGACCUUCCUGCGCGCCGCCUGCGCCAACGACGUGGGGCUGCUGCAGGCGCUGGUGCGGCGGGGCCCGCGCGUCGAGGAGGUGCAGGAGACCGACCGCAACGGCCGGACCGGCCUGAUUGUCGCCUGCUACCAUGGCUUUGUGGACACUGUGGUGGCCUUAGCCGAGUGCCCCCACGUUGACGUCAACUGGCAGGACAACGAGGGGAACACGGCCCUCAUCACAGCUGCACAGGCAGGGCACGCCACCAUCACCAACUACCUGUUGAACUAUUUCCCUGGUCUUGACCUUGAGAGGAGGAACGCGUUUGGCUUCACCGCCCUGAUGAAGGCAGCUAUGCAGGGCCGGACGGAGUGCGUCAGAGCCCUGAUGCUCGCAGGAGUCUUAAGGUUGGUGGUCACUGCCAAAGCUGGCCUUGGUUCAGAGAAGACAACAUGGACCUGAUUUUCUUCUCCUGUUCAUCAUUUCCCUUAGCUUCCUGCUUUGUCACCUCUUGAUUCCAAGAGAGUCACCAGUCCUCUGGUAGGUGGCAGUGGCAACAGCAGCAAACACACUUGUCCCUGUUCUCAGGAGGUGAAUACCCCAUGGGGCUCUGGCCAGCACAAGGUUGCUUGGACACAGGCAGCCGGACAAAUGGGAAGCAGACUUCGGUCAUUAGGUUAGACCAAGAGUUCAGAGUCAGGGACGAUAUUGCCCCCCAGGUGACAUUUGGAAAAGCUGGAUACAUUUCUGGUUGUCACAGCUGGUGGAGUGCUACUGAUAUCUCUUGAGCAGUCACCAGAGAUGCUGUUAAAAGUCCUUCGCUGCACAGGACAGCCCUCACCACAAGCAUGGACAAAAAUGCCAAUAAUUCUGAGGUUGGGCAGUCUUAGGCUGGACCAUUAUGAUCCAUUGCCUAGAAUUGAGUAUGUUGCUUUGAAUAAAAUAGAGGAUGAUUUUGUGCAGACAACUCGUAGCUGUCAGCAAUGUAGCAAGUGGACCCAUUGGCAAGAGCCCACCCUUGGUCCACAGGUUUGAGCACUGUUGGGUAGGAGGCUAGUGGUCUCCUGGAAGAAGGUGGACACAGUAGCAUUUUGGAAGUUCUCUAUAUCCAUUUAAAGGUACUCAAGUAAAAUGUUAAUCAUCAGUACAGUUGAUCCUCCCAUGUCCUGGGUUCUGUUCCAUGGAUUCAGGCAACUACAGAUAUAAAAUAUCUCUAAAAAAUGCAUUUGUAUGGAACCGGUACAGACCUGUUACCUUGUCACUGGUCACUAGACAAUGCAGCCUAGCAACUGUUUACACGGCAUUUACCUUGCCUUAGGUUUUAUAAGUAAUCUAGAAAUGGUUUGGUGUCUAUGGAAGUGCAUGGGUUAUAUGCAAAGAUCAUGCCAUUUUCUACAAGGGACUUGAGCAUCCUUGGAAUUUGGUGUCCAUGGGGGUCUUGGAAGCAAUCCCCUGUGGACACUGAAGGGUAACUGUGCUUGUCGUUCAUAAUUUACCUGCUAUGUCCUGGCCAUCAAUGUCAUCCUUAGCAGUGGUUUCUUAGGAAGUGAAUCCCUAAUUAAGCACCACUCAGAUCCUAGAACUGCAUGGCAAUCACAAUGGCUCUUGUUCUUUGGGGUGUUUGUAUUUUCUGAGCACUUUGAAAAGGUGGGGACAAAAGGAAGGAGAACGCUGUGCUCUGGACAGCUGUUCCUUUCGUUUUCCAUUAGCAUUUGAAAAAUGUCUCUUUCAUGCAGUGUUCAUUAAGAUUUUAAUUUUGCAGUUUGUUCCUUUUUUAAGUGACAUGCAAUUAAUUAAGGUUUAAUGUGUCAUCUAUUUUCUGCAAUGACAUUUUUACUGCCCCCUUUUCAUUUUAGUCAGUUUAUAAAUUGUACUCUAACUAAUGAGUUCUCCUGAUUUCUGGUUCCAAAUAAUUACCACUCUUGUAAGAUGGCUAUUCUUUAAUGUGUCACAGAAUUAAGACCAUUAGCAGGUGAGCUCAGGUGAGCCAGGUCUGCCUGGCUCUGCGGCCACUGUGGGCUGGCAGGGCAGGAAAGUGGCAGCGCCCCCCGCCUCUCUCAGCUCAGCACGUAUUGAUCAGCCACCGCAUGUCAACACCUGGGUCUGUGUGGGAUAUAAAUGAAGCUGCCUCUGCCAGGCCUGUCUCCAGGGAGCUCACAGACUAGAUAAUUGCCCUAGUUUUUCACAUUGCUUUGCCAGUAGAGAUAUGACUAAUGGGACUUGAAAUCCUGAGUGAUUUCUAACUGUAUGUGGGGCUGAGUUUGGACCAAGAUUAACAGCAACUUUGUAAUAAUUUCUACAUUGCCAAGUUAAAAUUUAUGCAGAUUUCACCAGGAUGAUUUGGAGUUUAAUGUUGGAAUGUUUGUAUGUGGGGGGCGGGGGUAGUGGGUAGAAUGGAGAGACAUUUAGGAAGACGUUGGGGAUACAUCAUUAAAGAUUCUCUAGACAAUCAGAACUGAUAGGGUGCAUAAAUUAAGAGAUUUAUUUUAAGGAAUUGGCUCAUGCAGUUGUGGGGGUUUGUAAGUCUAAAAUUUGUAGGCUAGGCCCACAGGUAGGAGUUAAUACUGAAGUCUAGAGGCAGAACUUUUUCUUUUAUUCCAUGUUUUUUUGUUGGUGCAUUAUAAUUUUUCUAUGUUUUAUUUAUUCUGCUUA